AUGACCAACAUGGAACGAGUACAGCGCCACACCACUCGAAUAGUUGCGCGAAUUCGUGGGAUCAGCUGUGAAGGUCGGCUCCAAGCACUUGAACUCUUCCCGGUUAGCUACACGAGACCAGUCGGGGAUUUGAUCUGUCUUUGGAAGAUUCUUCGGGACGAUCUGGAACCGGAACUGCGUGCUGUUUCCACUACAAAACUGCAACCGAACCCGCGGCCACGGGCUCAUUCUGCGGAAGCUGGAGUUGACGGGUCUUCCUUUGGUUUACCAUCUUUCUCGAAAGGCGACUACUGUGGAAUUCACUCCCGUCAGAAGAAGCCGAGGUGUAGAAUGAUGAGCGAUUCAAUCAACGCCUCGAUGAGCACUUGGGGAGACGGUGGCAACUUGCAGACAGCUGAGCGGGUUGUUAUCGGUACCGUCGAUGAAGAGGCUCAUACGGGGCGCGGCCCCUUGCCUUUUGUACAUGAAGAUCAGGUUAAUGUGCACAGGACUGACAAUCAAGCGUCCAGAUUCCUCCUGCAGUGUGCUCACAAAGUGUGCACCCACCACUGCGAAUUGCCUUGA